UCUGUUAUCUUUGGUUUGCAUUGUGGGUCAAGGGUUAACAAACAUUUUGUUUUCCUCCAAGAGAAUGUUCCCUCAGAUUGACCUCUUAGUUGCGUUUCCCUGGUAACCUGGUAACAGUCAAACAUCAAAUGCGUUUCUAAGCAACGUUGCUUGUGAGGAAAAGGACCACUGAUGGGUAACUGGCAUCCGGCUGAGAAAAGAGGGGUGAAGGAGCGCUAGCGACUUGACGGGGCGGGGCCUCCCACUGGGGGCGGAGCCAGGCGAUUCUGGGAAUGCCCUUGACUAGCAGUGUUUCCAGACAAGACAGAAUCGAAAAAAGAAAAGAAAUCCAAGAAGAGAGAGGCAAGACGAAGAGGAGAAAAUCUGUUUCCUGAGACACUGGCUGUGUCUGAAUCAUCUUCCAACAUGAUUCAAGCAACCUUGGCAUGAAAAACCAGGUGGAACCGGGAGUGUUUUGGCUGCAGACACAGGGAUUCCAGCCCUGGGCCCUGUCCUAUCACUGCCUUCCCCGAGCCUUGGCUUUCUGGGCCUUCUGCGUUUCUGUGGUAUAUGGUUACUCUCCCCAACAAGGUGGCAGCACAGCUCUCCUCCGCCUCCUUCGACUCUUGAGUUACUUAUUCAUUGGUAUUGUUGUGCCUACCUGUUCAGCACAGAGGACCUGCUUGUUUCCUGCUUCUGUCCCAGCCAACACCACUUUCCCCAGUCAGGGGACAGUCAAGUCUAUCUAUGUAAAAGAGCCGUCAAGAGUCACCAAAAAGUACUGCGCAGUUGCCUUCCAUAAAAAGGAUACACCAGCAUCCGCUCUCACACCAGGUGCAGGAGAAUACCUGCGUUCUCGCAUCCCCAUCACGCCUGGAUUUUCAUCUAGCUUUUUAAUACUGGUUCCCAACCUUGGCCUGUGCUUUGAAAACACCCCGGGAAUUUUUUCACUGCCGAUUCCAGGGCCUCCUGCCAACCCAGAAAUUCCAGUGUGCAGCUUCUUGGGCAGAGCAAUUUUUAAACAUCUCUGGGUGAUUCUUAUGUGCUGCGGAACCGGGCGCCCGGAUUCCCGUGCAAGAAUUUCCAGUUACUUAAUCUGGCCGCCUGAGGGAAAAAAAAAAAAAAAAAAGACGAGCGCGCUCACGUGGGGCGCGGGGCCCCUGGCGCCCCACCCCUGCUCGGGCGCGGCCCUCCGCCCACUGCCGGGAUAAACUGAGGUAGAGAGUUGGUGGCGCGG